CCGCUUUGUGCGCUAAUGCCGGGGCUUUUGGAACAAACAUGAACUGCUUCACUUCCCUUUUAACAAAGCCAGCCAAAAAAGGACACCCUGCAAGAGCGUGCAAUGCUGUGUUUCAUUGUCCCUGGCUAGUCUCCUAGACUUGCUCCCUUUCUAACCGCCUUCCUUUAGCGUUUGCUUUGCCAAGGUGCUGACAACCCCCAGUUCUCACUGGGGUCAGCUAGAUUUGGAGUGAUCAGCAGCUUUGAACACCAGGCCCUUGGAAAGGAUUCUGAAGCCACAGGCGGAGUAAGGAUUUGCAGACCAAAGUCGCUACAGCUUUAGCUGCACCUAGCAAAGUUUCGUGUGUGCCUGAAAGUACAGAAAGGGGCAGAGAGGUAACCUAAUGUGGCACCUUCCUCACCCGGUUGUUCCUAAGGCUGAUCUGUAAGGCGAUCGUUGUUAUGCCCUAGACCUGGUGGAAUAGCUGUUGCCUGCCCUUCAUUAUGGCUUUUGUGUCGUUGCUCAACUUGACCUUAAGUGGCUGGAACCUGGCGGAGAAAGUUGGACUCCUGCUGUUGUGUGUUCUUGCCUCGCGCAAAUCCCCCCCUCCCCAUUCCCUGUGCUGAUCGGUGCCUUGGGGAUUGGCAAGGCUGGAAGUUUAUCAAGUUCUGCAAAUAACUUCACAUCACAAUAGAAAGUGAGUUUCCCCCCCUUUUCCUGCUCAUAAACGCCUCCUUGAGGAUCGACGCUGGGCAGGACUCCAAAGGUGCAGCCGCAACAGCAAACCAGUCGUUCAAACUUAGCAGCUCGUUGCACAACUUCCACCUACGCGCUGGGACAACAAACAAGCUGGAAGGAGGCGAGGGACAAGAGGGGGAGAAAGGAACACCCCGGCUCGGGCCAUGGCCCCCUUUGGCAGGAACCUGCUAAAGACCCGGCACAAAAGCAGCAACAACUUUUCCCGAAGUUUGCCUGGAUGUAGGAACUGGGUCCUGAAAACUUGCAGGACUCCCACCCGUUUCUUAACGCAUCCCUCCAAUUGUUUCCAACCAAGAACAUGGCUUCUGAUGAAAGGGAGAUAGUGGUUUGGGUAUGCCAGGAGGAGAAGAUUGUGUGUGGACUGACAAAGCAUACCACCUGUGCUGAAGUGAUCCAAGCUCUACUAGAGGAACAUCAAGCUACAUUUGGAGAAAAAAGGUUUCUUUUUGGACAGCCUAGUGAUUAUUGUAUCAUAGAAAAAUGGAGAGGCUCUGAACGAGUCCUUCCUCCGCUGACAAAAAUGCUGAGACUUUGGAAAGCCUGGGGAGAAGAGCAGCCCAAUUUGCACUUUGUUCUGGUGAAGUCAGAUGCUUUCCUUUCAUUUCCAUUGUGGAGAACAGCUGAAGCAAAAAUAAUACAAAACAUAGGAAGACAAUGGGAGCUCAGCCCAGCAAAUUAUAUGAAGAUGCUGCCAGUGGAUAAGCAAAAGAGGAUUGUUAGAAAGACUUUCCGGAAACUGGCCAAACUUAAACAGGACAAUGCUCUGCAAGAGAGAGACAAUAUGGAAACAUUGAUUCAUCUGAUCAUUUCCCAAGAUCAUACCAUUCAUCAGCAAGUCAACCGAAUGAAGGAAUUGGAUAUGGAAAUUGAAAAAUGUGAAGCCAAAUUCCAUCUAGCUCAAAUAGAAAAUGACGGAGAAAAUUAUGUGCAGGAUUCUUAUUUAAUGGCCACUUCAAAUGAUGAUGAGCAACAAACAAAUGUGCCACAUGGUCAACAUCAGAUGUAUGACUAUUUGAGCAAAAGUGAUGGAAUACUACAGUUCGAAGAAGGACUGAAACAUCACAAACUACUAAUUGAAAAGCUCUCUGCUGAAAUAGAAAAAGAGGUAAAAGGUCUAUGCACUGAAACAAAUGAGGAUGGCAAAUUCAUGCCAGAGGCUUUAAAUGGCCAAAUGGAACCCUCAAAUUUAGAAAGUAUCCAACAAGAUUUGGAAAAUAGUAUGAAAGAUGGCUUGAGAAUUCAUUCUCACUUGAGCUGCAUUCAGAAAGAGGUUACCUACAGGGACUUGCUGCUGCAGAAGAAGGAAAAAGAAUAUGAUCUCCUGGCAGAAGAAUUUAAUUCUCUGCAUAUCAAAGACAAAACUGAAUCCAGAUAUCCAGCUUGUGAAGAACAAAUGAAGGACAGUGAGGGGACCAGCAAGAGUGUCAUGGUGCCAGACUUUGUUCAUAAAGUGACUAAUUUAGACAUAAAUGAUACAGACUCUGACACUGGAAUCAGCUCUACUCAUAGUCAGGACUCUGAAACAGCUUUAGGAGACAUGGUACUGUUGUCAACCUAGCUGGAGACCACCGUGCCCAUGAGAGAGCAAUGUAAAAACAACCACCUUUGGGCGAAUAUUUAUCAUUUCAAAACUUUAGCUAUCAUCAAGGAUGUGUACACUGUGGCUGGAAGUGAGACUCCCAGCCUGCGUACACAAGACUUGCACUAGGUAGGGCUUGAGCUAGCUUGCCAAACCAGAAGCGUGGGAUGUUGUGGCUUGGGCUAUAGCCCAGACUUUGAAGCCUGUCUGACCCCCUGGGCUUGAUAACCCGAGCUGCAGCCCAAAUGACAACAUUCAUUGUUUAGUAGUGGGGCCCAAGCUAACAUGCUAGUGCAGUCUACUCAGGCUGAGUGGUUGUAUAGACAUGCCCACAGCAUCUCAGUCCUGAAGACAUUGCCCACUCUGGCCACAAUCCAACAGAGUACUUUAUCAUGUAUCUGGCUAUGAAUACGGAGGACUAUAUUUGCUCAAACUAACACACAUGCUAUAGCAAAUCAGUAAUCACAUAUGCUUAGAGUUACACCAAUACUAAAGCACUUAGCUGGAUCGGGACCAGAGUGCACAGUGUUGUGUAAGACAGAGCUUCAUUGAGACGAGUGCUCUGAUGCGAGUGGCACAAACCAGAUGUGAAAAUUCCUGAUGUGGAAUCCCUUAAUCUUUGGGUCCAUUUCUACAUCUGACCAGCCUUUUUGAAAUGUGGAUAUAGGGGAAAGACCAAUUAGACAAAGAGCUUGAUUCUCUGCUCCAUUACGCUAUCUGUAUUCAGCUGGUGUAACAAGAUGUAGGUCAAGGCACAAACUCUGUUAAAAUGUAGUUUUUAUGAUAUUGUGGAGCAGGUAAAAAAGCAAAUACUUAUUGUGAUAUAUAUUUAAAUUCCAUUACCAUAGAUCACAAAGAGUAAAACUUUCUAAAUAACUUAAGUGCCAUUUUCAAAAGUGACGUAAGCACAUAGGGGCAUGUUUACAUGGCAAUUGAAAAACAAUGUCUGGCCCAUGUCAGCUAAAGGGCUGUUUAAUUGUAAUGUAGACAUUCUGGUUUGGGCUCAGGCUUGAGCCAUAAUCUACACCACAAUUAAGCACUUCCUUAGCUCAUGCUCCAUGAUCCCAGGUCAGCUGACAUUGGCUAGCUGAAUUUGUUUAAUUGCAGCAUAAAAAGACUCUAGCAGUCUAAAUUCCACUGACUUUCAGUAAGAUGAAAGGUUGAAAGUUAAUCUGGAAUUAGGUAGGUGAAAAUGUAAAGUCAAUUGCUCCUAAUUAACACCAUGUUUGAAGUUUCUUAUUCCAGAAUGAAAACAUCCACAGAUGGAGUUAAUCAGGAAUAAUUAAAUAGGAAUUGCUGUUUUGGAAUAAUGUCUUGUGGUAAACAAGCCAUUAAGCUCUGAAGGCCCAGAUAUUACCAAUUAUUUAGCACCCAACUUCCACUGAAAUUGGUGAGAAUAAAGUACGGAAUUCCUUUAAGGAUCCCUGAGUCAUUUUGAAAUGGUUGAAAAUUUACUCUGAAAUCUGACUAAAUGCAUUCAAUGGGAUCCAUGUAUAGGGCAAGCUAAGCAACACAAAGUUCAGUCAGGUUAUGAACUUCAAGUUUUAAAUUUUUGAGGUGAAAAGACGAUAUUUAGAUGUCAUUGAAAUUAUGUUAGAUUUAUGCAAUUUUUUACUCUCCUUAUAUUUUGGUGUUCGUGAUGGUCCCCCCCAACCUCCCUUGAGUGACUGCCAGUCAUCUGGUUCUCAAAAUGACUACAACACUGUGGUAAUAGCCUUGUAAAUAUGACUUGGAGAGCAAUAUUUCCUAAACACCACAAAGUGUUUGUUUUAAAGACUUCUGAACUCUGGACUUCAUGAAGAGAGUUUGCGUUUUCAGAUAUGUGUCUUGGCUGCCUUAAUGUAUUUUAUCACUCAACAUUAUAUAGAAUGCUUGGGUUGCUUCAAGAGUAACAUGUGGAGCUCACAUACAUGAGUUCUUGAUGGAAACUCAGAUCUAUUGCAAACAAAGUGUCUUUAUUUUAUCGUAAUUUAUUAACACAAUUUGGCAUCUUUUGUACUCUGGAUGUCAUGUACUGAUAUUAGACAUUGCAUGCACUUCUCAGUUCAGAGCUUUGAAUGUUGAAAGUAGGCUAAUGCAUUUCCUGAGUUCUUGUGCAGUCAGAGAUUGUCUACUAUGUCAGCCUUUUUUAUAAAUACAGUUUCUAGCCUGUCUAUUCCCAUUGAAAUUCUCUCCUGUGCAAUGUCUUUAGGAGACUUGGAAUCCUGUGGCACCUUAGAGUUUAAUACAUUUGUUAGGACAUGAGCUUUUGGAGGUAAAACUUGUUUCAUCCAGUGAAUUGGAGUGGAAGUUACAGAAACAGGAGUGUGUAUAUAAAAAGAAGUUGCUUGUGUUAAUGAAGCUAAUCAUAGGGGAAAGUGGGUCAUUCACAGCAUUUAGUCUGGAGAUGUGAAUAUUCAGAGAGGGGAUCCUUUGUAAUUCAUUAACCAGUUGAAAUCCUUAUUCAGUCCUAAGUUGAAAUUGUUGAAUUUGCAAAUGAACUCCAGUUCAGCUGUCUCCUCUUGUAAGCGGUUUUUGAAAUAAUUUUGUAGAUGGCUACUUUCAAAUCCAUUACUGAAUGUCCAGGGAGGUUGUUUCCCCACAGGUUUAUGUGCUUUACCAUUCCUGGUGCCUGAUUUGUGUCCAUUUAUGCUUUGAAAUAGAGACGGUCUGGUUAUGCCAAUAUACAUGGUGUAUGGGUGUGGGUGUGGCAUUGCUGUCACUUGAUGGCAUAGAUCACAUCAGUGUAUGGACAGGUGGAUGAGUUCCUGAUGGUGUGGCUUAUAUGAGGUUCAUCCACCUGCACAUUCAUUAUGUGAUACGUGGGAACUGCAAAAUAUGUUCAUUAUGAAUGUACUGCCUCUCCAUAAGUCAUAUUUCUCUGGCACCCUUGAACUCUGAUUUAAUGACUCACAGGAUUCCAUUGGAUGAACAUUGCUUACUGAAUAAGAGAAACAUAAAAAAGUGCUGCAUAAUAGUGCAACAGUUUAGACUCAGAGGAAAUUAUCUGAUUCAGAAAAUAAAAGUAUAUGAGUUAGAUUUGAAUAAAAGGAAAGUCAGGGCAUUUGGUUCAGGUAGAGGAAGGGAGAAGUGUUAGUUUGAUGUCAGAUAGAUAGUUAUCUAUUGAGAAUGGGAAGAAUAAGCAGGUGAGUGGGCAUAGCAGUGGUGCUGGCCCACUUCUCUUUGAGGUGGAAUAAUUUUGGAUCCAUGUAUGACCCCAGGGAAAGACCCUCAGUUGUUAUAAAAUGAUGUAGUGGAAGUCAGUGAAGAGACCUAGAAUUUAUAUCAGAUGAGAAUUUGGUCCCGGAACUGUCAAGAGCUUCACUGAAGAAUUCAUUCUUCCAUAUAUAAAAUAACCACUGUAAUCUUUUCCCAAUGUAUAUUGGAUAUAAUUUCAUGUUUCUGCAUGAUUAAAGUGUAAUUUUACAGAUUUGAUUUUCAAAUCAAAUAUGUCAAAAUGUAAUUACUUGUUUCAGGUUCUUGACGACUCUUUCAUUUAGAAGACAAAUAAAUACAUAAUUAUCACUUGAUUAUGUAGAAGUGUACAAUAUUUGCCAUUCAUUUACAUGGUUAAUAAUUACAGUUUAAUUAAUUGCACUAUUAUUGCAUGAUUGUCUGUAUUUUGCAAAACCCAAGAAAUGUUAUCACUUCAAAACUAAGGGCCAAAUUUGAUUCUCUGAUCUGAGUGCAUAAAAUAAGUGAAAUGGGGAAUUGUCUUCUGUAUUAAUCCUAUCUGUCUGUCUAUCCACUUCCAUGGAUGAUUGAUAUUCAAAUGUUAUAUGGUAUGGCAAAAUGCCUAGUCAUAUUCUACACUUAGUAAUAUUUCAUUAGCUUUACUUAGUCUACAUUAUCUAUCUUCAAUGUAUGUCAUCUUGUCUAUAUUGGACCAUCAUCUUAAUAUGGAAAGUAGACAGCAGGAAAAUGGAAACCCCUGACUUCCCCCCACCCCCUUUAAAAUAAUCACAUUUUUAAAAAUAAUUUCGUUGCUGAACCAGUAAAAAAUGUCAAGAACAUGACAUUUUUCAAGAAGGGUCUUCAAGAUAAAUGUCAGUUUCAGGUAC